AGUCAAUUAGAGCGUAGAACGCGGUAGCGGGCAUACGAGGCCUCUGCUAUAGUGGCACUGGCACUCAAGACAGACGACAGUCAACAGUCUAACUCGACACUAAGUCGGCUGAAUCAAUAAGAAGCAAUUAGCAAAAAGAUUCUGCGCGAUGGACCCUAGUAUUCUUGCAGCCAUGGACAAAGAAGCACUCAAAAAGCAGAUUGAAAACAUGAAGUACCAAGCGUCUAUGGAGCGCUGGCCGCUUUCAAAAAGCAUUGCUGCAAUGCGGGAGUACGUGGAAGAAAACGAAAAGAACGAUCCACUCAUACACGCUCCCGACAAGAAAAACAACCCUUGGGCCGAGAAAGGGAAAUGCAUCAUUAUGUAAUCACACUAUACAUAAGUAAAAAUAUCACCAAAAUUCUAAAAUAUUCAGUUUAAGAGUACGGAGGCGAGUCUGGUACAUUCUGGCUGAGGAGAACAUCAGAACCAAGGAGGAUAGCGAAACUGCCAGACAAUAUAAACAUGUAGAUUAACCAAACGUAGUACCAAAUGUCAGUUAUCUAUGAUUUCAUUAUUUUGUUAACGUAGUUUUUGUUCCCAAAACGAAUCUAGUCCCUUAUAAUUCUAAUGUAAAGAAUGUACAUUUAGACUGUGCGGAAGCAAGGAUGUACUUAUGAAUGUUUUUGUUAAAUAAAAUGAAGUUUAAAAAAAUGGUUGUAAAUACGUUAAAUUUUGUAUUUCUAGUAAUAGAAUGUUUGGACAUGAUACUAUCGGUAGAGGUUAAUGGGAAAGUUUAAUGGAUGAGAAGAGGAAAUUGUAAUGUGGAAAAUGUAAAAUAAUCUUAAUUGAACGUUGACAACCGUAUAUUAUUUUAUUGAAAUAACAUGACGAGUAUUACCUUGAAAAUUGUUUAUGAUAUGAUUUCGUAAAGAACCCAUGCAGUUCCAUACGAAUAUAAGCAACUUCCUUUUUCAUCUGUUUGUAUGGAUUUGGGAUGGAUUCUAUUAGGACCACGCGAAGAGUUCGCUUCGGAUGGUUACCGAACAGACUUUGCCACAAGUUUAGAAGAUAAAAUGAAAGUUAAAUGUGAAGAUUCUCCGAGCUCACGAAUCUUCGUAUUUAAAUGAUAUAAUGUUUAAACUAUAGGGAUAAUCGCAAAUCACAACUUAAUACAUAUUCGCUGAAUCACGGAUUAGAAAUGUUAAAAUAUUGGCAAUAAAGGGAAAGUAGCUUGAAUAAAGAUAAACGAUUAAAAAGGUAGUGACGAUGAAAAAAAAUGUAAAUUUAAGAGUAAUGCGACAUAAUCUUGUUUGAAACUUAUUGUUAAGCUGGUUAGGAUACGUUUUUUAUGAACACGGGUACAUUCCACAGUGCCAUUGAUCUAGAUGCUUCUAGCUAUUAGCUAUCUUCUACUCUCCAGUACUUAAUAUUAUCGCUACUAAGCAAGUCUAUCGUUUAUUUCCAGCUCUCGAACACGUUUGGUUUCAUCCCCGACACAUAAUAAAAAAUAUAUAAAACUAAGUACUUAAAUUCAAAAUCAAAAAACGUUUAAAUGAUCUAGCACUCGUUUAGCUUAGUAUAAUUCAAAAUUAAACCGACGAACUUCUACCUAAGUCAUUGAAAGUUUACUAAAUAAAGCGAUACGUAGUUUCCAUAUAAAAUUCUUCUAAAUUCGUAAUCUAAGAUUUCUGCGACUGUACCCCAAAAUUGUUUCGUCAAGUAUUUAAAUUCGUUUCGGAACAGUUUUGGCCGCUUCCAGUCCGAGUAGCGCUACUAAUCUUACAUUCCAAUUAAACGGAUUGAAUUUAAUCCUAAUUUUUGAUUAAAAUAGAAAAUUUAAACUUACGCACUGUAGAUAAUUAUAGAUUAAAAAUUAAAUCUAACUUUAAACUUAAAAAAAAACUCUUUUUAAAAUUUAAAAUUACUUCCUCUACCAUAUCUAGACACGGUGUAUGGAAAAUCAUUCUGGCUGUGAAUCGAUUCUUGAUUUGUUCCGAUGGUCCGCGGUGACCGGCCCCCGGGCGCCCUCUCCCGGCCAUCGUGCACUCUAGACAUCACCACCGACUGUAACAUCACGCGAGUUGUUUUCUGUACCGGGCCCAGCUUCGUGAACAGCGUCAUCGUCUGCGGAACCCACGUCAAUUGUUUAUACGUACUUGUCUAUUUUAUCAUCUUCACAAGCCAUACUCUGCUCCUCAUUAUUGUUAUCGUUUGUUCAUCUUUCUACACACAUAAGUUCUACUAUCCUUUAGCAUUAAAAAUAGUUAAUAAAACUUAGAAUUUUUAGUAAGUAAAGUAGUAUUAGUUAAGUAACGUGGAAAUCAACAGUUGUUUGUUAAUCAGUAAAAUAAAAAAUGCAAUUCAGAGAUUUUAACCUUAGAUUAAUAAAGCUGUUUAAUUAAAAGUUAGUAAAAAAUAAGGGAACUUGUUUAAAUGCAGUGGCAAAGUCUGUGUUUCGUUUUUAUUAUAUAAUGUGGGAGAGGUGAAUUUUCAAGGGAUUACUAUUAUAUUUAUUUUAUGUUUUAUUGUAAUAAUUUUAUUCCCUUGUUAUGCUGUGUUAAAACCAAAGAUUUUCAUGGACGCUGAUCCUGAAAUUAAUAAUUUUCACGCUAUCAACUGUCAUAAUAAAAUUUUAACACCGACGCCUUAGUCGUUAAAACGUCUAAAUGUUUCUCUUGAUUACCUUCGUUUCAUUUAUUAAAAUAAGAAUUAAUAAACAGUAAUUUUUAAUGGAUUUAUCCGUUUAAUAACUAGGUAAGGGUGAUAUUGGAAAUGAUUUUUUUAGAAUCAAUAGCUAUAAGGUAUCGUAUGUUAUUAUUAAUUAUGUAAUCAGUAAUCACUGAAAUAAAUGAAAAUCUGUAAC